AUGGUGGAAGUGGUCGGCACGGGCGGAGUGCAGCGCCAACGAUCAAAAAGCGAGGGGGAUCAGAGGAAAAAUACGGAAGAAAAUAUAGGCCAAAUGAUAUUAAUAGAAACCCAGCACGUCGACAGCUCCGGGAUUACGGUUGUACCUGAAAGGGCGCAAGAGUGGAAGGCCACUCAUACGGCUGGCCAAAAAGGCAAAAUGAGUUCUCCCACUUUUCCAGGGCCAACCUCUUCCCAGUCGCGCCCUGAAUUCUACGGUUCACUAUCCAUGGUUCCGAAUCCUGAAGCUGUUAUAGGUAAAGUAAUCGCUUGUCAAUCGUCGGGCGCUUAUGCGAUCCCGCCCGGGCUUUGGAACGGUCCAGGUCACGUUGUGUCUGGUUCGCUACCCCUGGUUGUGUCCGUAGUCCGAUCCCUCGUUGCCGGUCCCUACAUAAUUGCAUCCAAAAGUGACUGGGAUCGAGAGCAUGGUGGCUAUUUAUGGCUAUAG